CAGGCAUGGCUGCAGUUUGUGUGAACGGCACGCGCGCGCGCACAGUGCUGCGUGCCUGCCUGCCUGUGUCUGUUACCUUUGCUGCCCGGUGUCCUCGCAAAAUUCUUGGACGGCUACCCAUGCCUGACUGAAUUUAUGGGGGCGUGGAGCUCCAAUCCACAGACGCUCAACAAGAAAUACCUGCUGCACAGUGGCCGGCUGGCUGUUCAGUGCUCACUCCGUUAGCCCAUCGCGCACCACAGAGCUGAGCUCAGUGAGCGGCCGGUGUCUCGCGCACCGCCGGCUCCAUUCGCCCGUUUAAGAGACCUAGCUACGUGAGCUCCCUCUCUUCUCUUGUAUAAUUGUAUCCAUCAGCUCUCUCCCACAGUCCCACUCUGCUUCUGCUGCUCCUUCAUCAGACACUCGACGGCCACAAGCUUGCAUUGGUGCCUCGCUCGCACGGCCAUGAGGCUUCCGGGGGACCGUUGCUCCCCCUCGCCGGCGGCGUUGGCGGCGCGGUGGUCCCUCGCGCUCCUGGCCGCCGUCUUCGGGGGCGGCGGCCCGCCGGCGGCGCUCGGCUGCUACACGCGCAUCUUCAGCUUCGGCGACUCGCUGACGGACACGGGCAACUACGUCCGCCUGACGGCCACGACCCACAGCCCCUACGGCGCGCCGCCGUACGGGCGGACGUUCUUCGGCCGCCCCACCGGCCGCGCCAGCGACGGCCGCCUCGUCAUCGACUUCAUCGCGGAGGAGUUCGGGCUGGCGAACGUGACGGCGAUCCAGACGGGCACGGCGCCGGCGGACUUCCGGGACGGCGCCAACUUCGCCAUCAUCUCGGCCACCGCCAACAACGGCACCUUCUUCGCGGGCAACGGCAUGAACAUCAACCCCUUCUCGCUCGACACGCAGAUGCUCUGGUUCCGGACCCACCUCCGCCAGCUCGCGCAGGCCGCGGCGGGGGCGGCGGCGGGGCCGGGGCAGCAGCAGCAGCUGGCCAACGCCAGCGCCGGCGCGGUGCUGGGCGGCGCGCUGGUGGCGCUGGGCGAGAUCGGCGGGAACGACUACAACCUGGCCUUCGCGGGGGGCGUGCCGCGGGACACGGUGCGCCGCUUCGUGCCGGCCGUGGUGGACAAGCUGGCGGCGGCCGUCGAGGAGCUCGUCGCCAUGGGCGCGCGCGCGUUCGUGGUGCCCGGGAACCUGCCCUUCGGCUGCGCGCCGCUCUACCUGCGCCGGUUCGGCGGCGACGCCGCCUACUGGGACUACGACGCCUCGACGGGGUGCCUCGCCUGGUUCAACCGCUUCGCCGAGUACCACAACCGGGUGCUCACCGCGCGGCUGGACAGGCUCCGCCGCCGCCACCCGGGCGUCACCAUCGUCUACGCCGACUGGUACGGCGCCAUGAUGAGCAUCUUCCGCGCCCCCCGGGACCUAGGUUUCACCAACGCCCUGACGAGUUGCUGCGGCAACCAGACGGUGCCGUGCGGCAAGCCCGGGUGCCGCGUCUGCGACGACCCGUCGACGUACGGGUCCUGGGACGGCACGCACCCGACGGAGGCGGUCUACAAGGUGAUCGCCGACGGGGUGCUGCACGGGCCGUACGCGUCCCCGGUCCCUCUCGCCGGGACCUGCUGAGAAUCGAAGCAGACUUCUCUCUGUCUCCGGCUCCGGAUGGUCCUCUCAUCCUUGCAAGAUCCAUUGUUACAUAAAUAUGGUUAAGCUGUAGUAGAAUGGUAACACAUCAGAGUUACGUGUGUAGCUGCAAUGACGUUUACAGACAACUUCGUCUCAGGUACAGUAAGGUUGACAGAUUUCACUAGAACAGAAGUGGUACAGUGAGAAAUUGGGUUUGUAGUACAAAGACUGAUUCCGAUUUGUGAGUGUUUGCGUCUGUAAUCUGUGUGUUUUGGAGCGGCAAUUCUAUUCAUAGCAUAUGCUACUGCAACGCGAGCUGUCGCAGAAAACAACAGCAUGCGCGGAA